UCAAUUUGAAUUGGUGGGGCAAUAGUGUUAGUAUGGCGGAUGUGGAUUAUGUGAGCUAUAACCAAAAUGUGAGUUUGCUGGCUAUCCCGGCAAGUGGAUAUUUUGGACUUGCACUGGAAGACUUUCCAAUGAAAUUUUAGUUUGACAUUUCGUGGAAAGUCUGGGAAAUGGGACGGGAAGGGGGGUUGAAACGCCAGGUUAGGAAGCCUUUCUCAGGCGGACAAAUUAUUUGCAUUUACUCCGGUGUUUCUGUUUUAAUUAUGAAGUUACGAAGUCAAGUCAUCAACAGCAUUAGUUCAUACUUUGGUUGGAGAAAAGGAGGGGACCUCGCUUAUUCACAGCCGACACUUCAAAACUUCAACCACUCCCUACGGAGGACGCGGCCAAAAGUCUUGCAACUGGCAGGGGUGGGCGCCAAGCCUAAGGACGCUGGUAUAGCAACGGUGCUUAGGGCCUCAGUAGCCUUAAGGAACAUCGCUGUUAGUAAUGUUUACAGGGCUUGAGUGCUAUUGUUCAAGCAUGACAAGCCUGUAAGACCCUGUAAUUAUAGCGGCCCCUGGUUGCUGUGCAACGCCCUUGCCAUUUAAGCGAGUGUGGCGUCAAACCCUAGCAGUUGCAAGACUUUUG